CGGUUGCUUGUGUUGCAAUCGAAACGUCGUAUUCUAUUAUUUUAUUUACUUUCUUUCUACCUGACUUUACCGAAAGAACCAAAGUGUAAUUCCUGCAGUCACGAAAGCUUCAAAUCAAGUUUGUAUUGUACUUGUACCUGUUUAACGGUGAGAUUUUAUAGCAGAAUACACAAUGUACCAGGAAGACAAAAUACUGGAGCUACGGCAGCACGUAAACUUAUUUUAAUUUGCCAGACGGGCGGAGGAGCAGCUGGUGCUUUCGAGCCAGUACACAGAGUGUGAGGCACGUGGAGUAGUGGCGGAGGUUAUCUGUGAUCUGUUUUUCUUUCUCAUGAGCCACAUUGCGAGUGUUUUUUUUUGUUUGGGGAGUGGUAGUUUAGUGGCCAGUGUGGUGCACCACGAACGCAGCGAUCAAAGUUCGAUUCUCGCUCAUGACCAUCACAAGUAACGAUGUUAUCUACCAGUCCUGGUCCUUCCCGAGGUCGAUUUGGCCUCAAAUGAAGUACCUGGCGCGAUUGUGUAAACAUGACCACGAGGGAGACGAACAGCAGCCGGAAGUGGUGCUAACACGUACCACCUCGAGUCCCUUGCCGACCUUCAUCGGUAUUUUCUGACAGCACUUGCCCCAACAGUCUGUUCAGGCUAUACGGGGGGAACUUUGUCUUUGCAGAGUGUGCGCGACCCUGCCUCCGGCUAAGACAUUCGCAGCAGGGUCUGGUGAAAGGUCUGGCAGCGGGAACAGUAACAUUGAGUAGUGCAUUCUUCUUGUUCAAAGUUUAUUGAUUUACAAUUUUAGUCGCACUUUUAAAAAAUGCUGAGACAACUGGAGGAAAUGUAACACAUGUUGACGAAACACACUACUAUGUUUUUGCUGGGUUGUGGUUCCUUUAAAGCCGUGGAUAAUAACUCUUGAAGUCACUAUUCCUUGAUUUCAUUAAUGCUGUGCAUACACUUGUUUCUCAAGCAGCAGAGAUCUUUUAUGUUUUUUCAGGCACUUUUAUUUGUCUGACGAUAAAAUGAAUCUCGUGUGAUAAGAGGUGAGUUCUGGAGCGUAUACAUUGUGAUGCUUCAUUAAAUAUUUAAUCUGCCUCUGCACAUUAUGAAAAAAAUAAAAUGAUUAAAAAUAUAUAUAGAUCUUAAAAUAGACAAAAAAUGCCAAAACAAUUACAAUAGCAGUAAUAAUGUAACAAUAUGUACCUAUUCUACAUGUUUGUCAUGUAUUGCAUAUGAAUGGCUGUACAGAAAUAUUUUGUUAUAAAUACAAUCUUAGUUAACUUUAAAUAUAUAUAAUGUUGGUAAACCUAAACAAAAAAAAAUCGACUUAAAACCAUUCAAACAAAGUGAAACCAAUGGUAAACAGAAAAUUAGAAAAUCGACAUGAUCUCUAGCUCGGGCAAAUUAAAUAAGUAAAUGAUAAGCAGGCACACAAGCAGUUCAAUAAAUAAUAGACAAAGCAUGCUAUCACCUUCCCUUUAUUCUGCCCUUUCGCGGAAAUUGUUCUGCCACAAGAUCAGUCAAGGUACUUAUCAAACUGACUACACAUGACUGUGAAAUACAAGUUUUGGUCCACCCUUAAGAAUGUCUGUAUUGUCGUUCCACAAAGGUCCACUGCAGAAUUUAUGGGCCACUGUCAGAGAGAAAUGUGUCUCUUUCAAGAAGAAAUACCUCUGAAAGUAAUUUUUAAGCCAACGGGUAAAAAAAAUAAAAAGAAGAUUGCCUGACUCUGCCACCCCAUCACCUUUUUCUUUUAAAUGGCUUUGUCUCCUGUCCUGGGAGGUUUAGUUACAUACAACAUAUUACAUUACCAUGCAAAGUGUCUCAGGGUAGUCAAAAGGAGAGACGCAGCAAUCCAUUUAUCACGUUUGCAAUUGCUCAAUUCCCAUUUCUCUAAACAGGCAUCAUCGCGAUGGACUUGUAGCAUUCUUAGCUCAUUACACACUUUUUUUCUUUAAUUCGUUUUUCAGAACCUUCGUUUAAUCCUGAGCAUGAGUCUUAAAAGUAACGAAAGGUCUGCUUUCCGUACAGAUGUGUCAGGAGGCAAAAGGCAAUCAUGUUUGGCACUCCCGUGUAAUAUUUGUGGCCUCUAAAUUUGUUUUUUUAUUCUACUCUCGCGUCUGACAGCUCCAAAAAUCGGGCGCAGGCAUCGCGGAGCGAUGCUGUGUCCGUGCGGGGUUAAUUUCCGUGAUCACAUUAGGCCAGAGGUGAGUGGCUGCGCAAGCCCCGGCUGUACGUGGAUUUGAGAUGAAAUGGAGCACCUGGGAACAGAUUGGUGCUUUCAAAGCUGGGAUGGCUGCCUGCGUGCAAGUGCCUUUUAUCGGCGCCGAGACUGACGAGCAAAGGGAGGAGCAGCACAUUGGUUUCCCUGGCGUGUGCAAGGGGAAGCUGCUGUGUUUGGGUAAUUGAGUUUUUCAUCGCUCCGAGGAAACUGUUACUGGGCCAAGGACGCGUGCCAGGAGGGAGUUGGAUUGUGUUUUCAUGGCACUCUUGCCUUGUCUGAUGGAAUUUGAGUCACAGUUGGCAAUGUUGCCAUUCUGAAUGGCCAUUGCGAAACCCAUCUCAAAGAGGAAAAGCGAAGAAAGAAUGGACAUUCAUCUCUACACUGCUGCAAAUCAUCUUUACGUUUGCUGACACUUGAAAGGAACUCCUCAACCGUCCAGAUGUGUGCAUCUUCCAAAUAAUGCAAUACACAUGGAAAGAUUGCUGCGAAAAACAGCACCCUCUGAGUUUAUAACAUCUAAAACACUUAUCGUUGCAUAUUGCUGAAUCUUCUGCAAAUAAAGACCAUUCAUCAACAACCUUAUGUACAGGCCUCAGGAAUAAAUUGUCUUAAACCACGGAGGAUUACUCCUGUGUAGUUCACAUCCCUUCAUUUUGUCUGCAGGGGUGGUACGACAGACCUUGGGACAAACGUAUUGAGAUGAAUAAACUGUUUUUUAAAGUUUGCAACUUUGAAACAUUUUCCUUAAAACCAUCCAUCUUCAGAUGACGACUUCAAUCGGAAUCGACUGGAUCAGUUUUCCUACCCUGGAUGAUUCAUGAAGGGCGUUACUAUGAUUUCUAUUGUUGACUGGCAUUUCUGUGUUUUUACUUUUGGAGAAAGCAAAGCCCUUUGGGAGUAAAAAAAAACAACAUAAUUUUGAAAAGUGGGAAACUGCAUCUGCUUUGUGAUGUUUGCAAUACAUCUAGCAUGACGAUUAGGUGUACCGUGUGCAACAUUUUUCUUGACGUUAUCAAGUCAGAAUUAAAUUCUCCAUUUGUUAUUUAUUUGAUGGUUUAGAUAGAUAAAAGGAACAUUUUCAUUUCAGAAAAAAAAUUCCAUCCCACUGGAAACGCGGAGAAAGAGAAGUCGGAGCAAUGAAAGGCAUCAUGAGGAUUCAACAAACGUCACUCGUUAUUCUCGAGCAGUGGCGUACUGCUUCGUGGCGUGGAAGAAUAUCUCUCCUGCGUCUGAUUUCCAUGUCCCUGCUCGCGCUGUGGCCUUCAGGGGCACCUGUACACGCACAGGUGUCAUUCAGCAGUCCGUACCAGUGGCAAACAGGACCGUGGGAAGAAUGUCGAGGUGAAGCAUGUGGAGCGGGUGGAACGCAGGUCAGGAAGGUGUGGUGUGAGCACGUGGAAGGCUGGACCACACUUCGAUCGAACUGCUUGCAGGCUGAGCAGGGGGAGGCCCAGGUAGUUUCUGAGCGGCCUGCUUCUCAACGGGAGUGUUUUCACGUUUGCGAGGAGCACCGUGGGCUGGCGACCUGGAAUGUUGGACAGUGGAGACCGUGUGAGCCUCGUCCAGACUUAAACACCCCAUCGCUGGGGCCUGUCUGUGGGAUAGAUGGACUGCCUGGAUGGAAAAAGCGAGAUGUCGUUUGCACGUGGAAAGAUAAUGGAACAGAGGUGCUCGACAUGGAGCAGCUGUGCCGGGUAUUUGAUCCAAGACCAUCUGACCAGGAGUCAUGCACCGCUGCCUGCCCACGUGAUUGCGUUGCAUCAGAGUUCUCCGCCUGGUCCCCGUGCGAGCGUCCCUGCGGUGCAGACUCGGGCCUGCAGUACCGCACACGCACCGUGCUGGUGCCACCAGAGUUUGGAGGAGCGUUGUGCCCCAACCUCACCGAAGUCCACAGCUGCCGAGAUGACUCUGCUUGUGAUGGGGGAGACGGUGGCUUCAAGUACAGCCUCAGAGUCGGACCUUGGAGCGACUGCAGACCCGCUAGAAUUGGACGUUUCAUUCGGGAUGUGAGACACAAUGCAGAACCAAAUGGUACCAAUUUCAGCAGGACUACAAAAGCCGAAAUGCUCAAUAAAACGGCACCCGAUUUUCCAGUCAAUGGUACUUCUACCGGAUUGCCUCGAGAGGGUAUAGAAUUAAAACGAUGGACCAAGGAGCAGUGGAGAUCGACGCCUCAUGAUUGGCCUCGAGGGGGGUCCCCCUGGGAUGUGCAGAUUGGCUAUCAGAGCCGACAGGUCCGAUGCAUUAGGAGCGAUGGAAAAAGCGCCCCACUGACCUUGUGCCUGUCGGAGAGCCCGUCGCCGGCCUUCCAGCCGUGCCUGCUGCCACGCGACUGCGUGGUGACGGAGUGGUCGUCCUGGUCACCGUGCUCGCGGACGUGCCGCGGACCCGAAGGCGGCGCGGCCGCGGGCCCCGGAGUUCGCUCGCGCUCCCGCUCGGUGCGGGCCAGCGCCCUCGGAGGGGGCCAGGUCUGCCCCCCGCUCAUCGAGCGAGAGAAUUGCAGCGAGGAGGGCGGGGAGACGCUGACGCCAUGUCCACGAUUCGUGUGGAAGGUGGCGCAGUGGAGCGAGUGCCGCGUGGAGCUGGUGAUGGGAGCUCCGGAACGGAGGCGCGCCAACCACACGGGGCUGUGCGGCGGUGGCCUCCGCACUCGCGACGUCUACUGCAUCAUGGCCAACGAGAACCUCAUCCUGUACCUAAACUCCCUCCACGAGCGGCAAGAGAUGCUGUCCAAGUCAAAAAUGAGGCCAACCGUGGCACCAUCUCUCUCCAUUUCCUACGAGAUUUCAGCGUCGCGACCCGUGGACAGCAGCCUGUGUGGUGUGGACAAGCCUGAGACGCUGCAGGCAUGUUCAGUGCCCUGCCCAGCUGAGUGCCGCUUGACCCCGUGGACAGCCUGGGGUCCCUGCACCUUUGAAAAUUGUGGAGAAGCCCCCGGCAAGAAAGGAUUUAAACGCAGGAGGAGGCGAAUUGUGAGGGAGGCGGCAGGCGGUGGUGGUGGAGAAGGCGACUGCACUCACCUGGCUGAGGUGCUGCCUUGUGACGACCCUGCGUGCUUCCGCUGGGAGGUGGCCGGCGUGGGUGCCUGUUUCCCGGACGGUGGAGCUCGCUGCGGGACGGGCGAGCGCGACCAGUUGACCGUGUGCAGGAAAGACACCGGCGAGCAGGCGUCCCGAGAGCUGUGUUCUGGCCGAGUGGAGCCCCCUGCCAAGCUGCCCUGCCGGGUGCCCUGUCCAGGAGACUGCGUGCUCGCCCACUGGUCCGACUGGUCUCCGUGUUCGUUCACCUGCUCGGGAAAAUCGGGCGAAGGGCGCCAGAGCCGUGGCAGGGCCGUGCUUGCCCAUCCCUCUGACGGUGGCGCUCCGUGUACUGGGGAGGGCCAAGAGCUGCUGGAGUGGCAGCCAUGUGCCCAGGUGCCCUGUACCGUCUACCACUGGCAGGCCGGCUCCUGGGGCCCUUGCACAGAGGACCUCUCCACCCCGCCCAGGAACGCCUCCCUCAGGGCCCGACCUGCCCCGGCUGGGGGGUCUACCCGAGGAACCCCGCCGGCCCACGUUGGCGUUUCGUCCUCGCCACACGACGGGCCUUCCUGCUCCUCGUCCGGCAUCCAAAGUCGAAAAGUCAUCUGCAUGCGGAUUGGCAUUGGGCAGGUCGGCACCAAGAAAUGCCCCGAGAAGGAGCGGCCCAACGCGGUGAGGCCGUGCGUGCUGCUCUGCCGCAAGGAUUGCAUCACCACCCCCUUCAGCGACUGGAGCUCAUGCCCUGCUACCUGCCAAGAGCGUGGUGGGUCCCCCAAAAAGCAGCGUCGUUGGCGCAUGGUCAUCCAGCAGGCAUCCCACGGCGGGAAGGAGUGUCCGCAGAACCUGCAGGAGGAGCGCGACUGCCAAGACCGGCCGCCCUGCCACGCCUACAAGUGGAAGGCCCACAGGUGGCGGCCGUGCCAGCUUGCUCCGGACUACGUGCGUCGAGGCAUUCCGGGGGCGGACGAGGCAUGUGGGCCAGGACUUCAGACACGAGCUGUGACCUGCCGGCAGGAGGAUGGGAGCCAGGUCGACCCCGAGCUGUGCCUGGCGAGCGCGGGCGCCCCGCCGGCUCCAUCGCAGGCGUGCCGCGUGCCCUGUGGCCACGAGUGCUCGUUCAGCGCCUGGUCGCGCUUCUCGCCCUGCUCCGGCGGUUGCGGCUCGACGCGUUCACGCCGGAGAUCCCUCCUCGGCAAGAGUCGCCGCGUGGACAAGUGCAAGGACCUGGAGCUGUACCCCCAGGUGGACACGCAGACCUGCCCCUGCCGGGAGUACUCGGCCCGUCCCGUGGGGCCCUGGUCCGACUGCCUGCUGCCCGAGGGGAGAGGCCGAAGCCGGGGACCCGCCAGCCCCCCCAGGGAGACGGGCGACUGUGGCCAAGGCACACGCUAUCGAGCCCUGGCGUGCUACGACCAGCAGGGCCGGCUGGUGGAGGGCGGCAAUUGUGCUUCUCCUGUGCACCAGGAGGAGUCGUGUGUGGUGGCCUGCCCGUCAGACUGUCGAUUGAGUGAGUGGUCUGGGUGGUCGCCCUGCAGCAAGUCCUGUGGCUCGGGUGUCAAGGUGCGUUCCAAGUGGCUACGCGAGAAACCCUUCAAUGGCGGGAGGCCCUGCCCAAAGCUGGAUCACACAAACCAGCAAGCCCAGGUGUAUGAGGUGGUGCCGUGCCACAUGCCUUGCCAGCAGCACGUGUGGGUGGCGGGACCGUGGGGGGCCUGCAAUGCGAGCGGCGCGGUGGGAGGGUGCGGGGAAUCCAGCGCCGGUGAGCAGGUGCGUCAAGUCAGGUGCACUGUGAACACUCCCGAUGGGCCCAGCGAAGUGGCCGAUGCACAGAUGUGCGAUCCUGAAGCCAUGCCUGCUGUGCACCGGUCGUGCUGGCUUCCCUGCCCUUGGGAGUGUGUCUUGUCCGAGUGGGGCCCUUGGGCAGCCUGCGUACAGCCCUACAACAGCUCCAUGGCGCGGAUGCGCACCCGCUCCGUGCUCCGCCCCGCCGCUCCUGGAGCGACCUGCGCUGCCCUGAACGAGAGCGAGCCGUGCGCGCUCGACAAAAACUACUUCCACCACCAGUACAACCUGACAGAGUGGAGCACGUGCCAACUGAGCGAGAAGGCGGUGUGCGGCGUGGGAGUCGUAACCCGCAUGCUGGACUGCGCGCGGAGUGACGGCAAGUCGGUGGACCUGGACUACUGCCAAGAGAAGGGGCUGGAGUCGCCCUGGAGGCUCGCUGUGCCCUGCACGGUGCCCUGCCCAGUCAACUGCCAGCUGUCGGAGUGGUCACCGUGGUCUCUGUGCUCGCGCACCUGCGGCCUGGCAGGAGUUAUACGCAGGGAGAGACGAGUGGUGCGCCCAGCCCAGGGGGACGGGAGGCGCUGCUCACCUCAGCUGCAGCAAAGCAAGCCGUGCCCAGUGCUACCCUGCUACCGCUGGGAGUACGGGCAGUGGUCCGGCUGCCUGCUCCAGGAUGCACAGUGCGGGGAAGGUGUCCAGGUGCGUAACGUCUCGUGUGUGGUGACGGACGGGCUAACCAACGACUCGGCGAUGGCCGUCGAGGAGGACGACAAGUGCGGAGAGCGGCAGGAUGUGCCAGAUGGAGAGGCUGCCGAGGAGCUACAGAGAGCCUGUUCUGUGCCCUGCCCAGGAGACUGCCGCCUGGGCAAGUGGUCCGACUGGAGCGUGUGUCAGCUGAUGUGCGCCACCGGCAGCAACUUGGGGCUGCGCGGCGUGCAGGCGCGCUCGCGCGUCGCCCUCGGAGCUGCGGUGCCGGAGAGCCGUGCCGCCUGCCCGGCGCAGGUCUGGGAGUCGCGCCCGUGCGACGAUGGAAAGUGCUUUCAGUACCAAUGGAGGUCAGGGCCUUGGCGAGGGACGGAGAGAGAGGUGUGGUGUGCCCGCUCGGAUGGCAUCAAUGUGACCGGUAUGAUCGUGAUUGUUGUUACUGCGUUCUUACAAACCCCAUUCCAGAGCAUGACGUUUAAAAUGCAUUCAACCCUUAACACGCCCUUCUCCGUAUUAAACACAGGUGGUUGUCUCGCUUCAUCCGAGCCGCCCAGGAUGAGAUCUUGCCAGCCACCCUGCCCGAAACCCAACUCAUUCUGUACACAGACGGGGACGUGCGAGUGUGCGCGGGGGUUCUCACGAGCGAGUGUGCUGGGCGGGACGGCGGUGCGGUGCGAGCGCGUUACCCUGACAGCUGGCGCCGGUAGUGGCGGCAGCGGCAGUGGAGGCGGCGGUGGUGAGCACAGGGCGGACGUCGUGGCCGGUCAUGGCGCUGGCCGGAGCCGGCCUGACGUGAACGGUGACACGAGGCUCGGCGAUGUUCUCCGAACGUGGUCCAUGCAGCCCUAUGGCCCUGACGGAAAGCUGAAAGUGUGGGUUUACGGUGUGUCGGCGGCUGCGUGUGUACUCCUCACCUUCAUCGUCUCCAUGAUAUAUCUGGCCUGCAAACGACCAAAGCGGCCCAUACGCAGGCCGGUGAAGCGCCCUUCCCCGAGGAGGCCGGUCACCCUCACGUACGACGGUGACAUCGACCUCUAGGGAACUGCGACCCCAUCAUCUGGGCAGGGUCGUCGCAACCAGCGAGUGAAUUCCACGGUUCGUUGACGGGGUUUUUGUUGUUGUAUCCAUUGGACUGAACCACACAAACUUAUAUGGCUAGACAAUCAGCUGCUUUUUUGGAACUUGUGGAAAAUAUGUACACACUGUGCAAAGACUUAGACUUGGUGUAUAUAUACGUAAAAAGUAAGUUACAUAAUGAGAUAAGACCAACAUCAUUCUGAUUCAUGCAAGCUCGUCUGUGGGUAUCAGCACAUAUGCUGCACUACAGAGUGCAUUUUGGAUGCAAAAGCAAUGUGCCUGUAUCAGAAAAAGGAAGCAACUCGUCCACCACUUGAGAGAGAAACAGCCCUUGGUGUAAAUGGUGAAAACCAUGAGGAAUAUCGUCGACAUUGUCAGCCAAGAGAGCAAGAACCAAACAGUGGAUGGCCAGAGCAGAGAUGCAGCAGUCAAAUCAGAGCACAUGGAAUCCGGCAGAAUUUAAUCAGUCAAAUAAGGAUGAGUAUAGAAUCCAAAGUAAUUUUACGAGUCAAAUCAGAAGACAUGGAAUCCAUCAAAAUGGAAUCAAUCAAAUCAAGACAAGUGUAGAAUCCAAAAGCAUUUUACCAGUCAAAUCAGGACAAUUGUAGAAAAUGGAUGUGUACUCUUAUGUUUCUGUCUCUCUUGCCAUCGGGAUGUUCUCUUGGGGAUCUUUGACUAAAAGACCAGCCUCUCUACAACAACGUUAGUUUUUUUACAAAGCUGCACAAGGUUGAAAAAAAAUAUGCUACCAGCCCAGGGAUCGCUGCAUAAGAGUGAAUGCAUAUUCACGGCUGAUUCCUUUAAGGCGGCCAAUGAAAGCGCAUCAAAUGGUGGAUUAUGUAAAAUCAGUUGAGCUUCAGAAGAGAACAUGAUGCCAAAAUAUGUAAGGCACUUAAUUAACAGAGUGGAACAAUGUUUAUGCAGAACUCAUCACAGCUUUCAACAAGCAGGAUGCCGCUACCACCAAGCCAUCCUCCGGAGCACAGAAGCUGGACACUGCAAUCAUGAGUUGUUCUAUACGUGCAGAAAAAAUAAAAUCAGCUCUAAAAAUGACCGGCCUUUACCCACAUCCACAUUAAUGAACAAUAAUUUUGCCUAUCUGCUUCUGUUUUUUGCUGCAAAUGAAUUGCGUUCUGCAUUUGAUAAUAAUAACUGUCUUAACAAUCCGUGGUCCUGCACAAGCAGACCAUGGAUGUUGUUUCUCUAUUCCUUUUUUUGUACCCGGCGCUAUAAAUUCAUUGCACUGUCUAUGGACUCUAAAGCGUAGCAAUUUUACAGCCUAGCAAACAACAUGCACAACUUCUACAAUGUUAAACGUGAAACCUGCGCUCCAGUCCUGUGCUGAAGCACAUUGUUGUGGAUGGAGGGGGGGGGGACGGUGUAUUUGUUAUUAACGGCGAGUCGCAAUUACAUAACUGCGUAUAGUCAUUUGGAUGUGCUUCGUUGUCGGCUGAUUUAUUUAUGGACAAGAGAAUUGCUACCGUUGAUUGCAUGCAGAGGCAAUCGGGCGGAGUUGCGGCGAGACCCAAUCACACGGUGCUCUUUGUGUUUGGUCAAGUAAAAGAGAAAAAAAAGCCUUCGUGUGAGACGUUGCCUGGCCUGACCUGGGUAAGGAUAACUAUUUGCACUAUGUUAUGGGCACACACACUUUUCCAUCAUCGUCCUGAUAAUGAAAUGCGUCUCGCACGAGGCUCUCAGUAGAAGCCGUUACUCCUGGGACUCCGUGAAAAUAGACACGCGGAGCGAUGUCCUUUUGCCAUGCGUUGUGGGGAAAAAAAGCCUUUAUAUCAUUGUUUAAAGCUGUGUUUUUUUGUUGCAGAGCAGAAAAAAAAAUGAGGUGAUAAUGUUUUACUUUACGUACUUGAUUGUGUAACUACUGUGCUGUGUCGACAUGUUGUUGAAUUUCAAAGGGUAUCCUUGCAAAGCGGGUGUUCGUGGAAAAUUCAUAUAAAUACAGCGCAAUGUAGCAACAAUGUAAAAGUGUUGUUUUGUAAUGCACUUUGCAUUUUGUUUCCGAAACUUUUUUUUUCUUUAACAAACGUUGGCAUUAUGACAAAGAACUAAGCAAAGUAUUCGUAUAAAUAUAAUGCUUGUGUACAGUCAUUUGAAUUCAUGAUUUCUUAUAUUUAAAUAGCGUAAGGGAUUUGGAAGGAUUACACGUGCACUGACUUGUCAAAUACUUAAUUUACAUUGUAUGUUAUAAGGUAAUCUGUAUAUCUGUAUUUAAUGUAAAGAUGAUAAUAAUUACAAAAGCCAAUAGCGCAAUCCUUAACUGCCAUGGAGUGUAACAGGUGAUUGUUAAACAUGUUCAAACUGCCUAUGGAAUUUGUUGAGUGUAUGAGUCCUGCUGUACUUCGCUGUGUAUACGUUGGCCUAUUGUGGAUGCAACACUGCAUUAACCGGGCAUGCAACAAUGCAUCAAUUAAACAUUUUUUUUAAUAGAUUAUGGUCACAAAAAAA